AUGGAAAAAUCAAAUAGAACAAAUGAUAUUAGGUUAUUUAAAAAACUUUUCCACGAAAAAUUAACAAAAAAUGAGAUGGACGAUGUUUUUUUCUAUUAUAAGCAAGUAAUAGGCUUAAUAGCAGGUAUCAUAUCAGGAAUACUACGUAUCAAGGGAAUUUGGGGAUUUUUAUUUUUUUUUAUUUUACAAUUUCUCACAUCCUUUGCCUUAUACAACAGAAAAAUACAUGAAAAUUAUUUUCUUGAUAACUAUAAUAUUGCAACGAGUAAUGUGUUGAUUGCGCUCUCAGCAUUUCUGAUAUCAUGGGUAACAAUUAAUACACUGUUAAUAUAA